ACAUAAAAAAAAUAAAUAAAAAAAUCCUUCCAAAUAAUUCAAUCCACACCACAAUCAAGAACCCCUUCAAAAAUCCCAAAACAUAAAAAUUACAGCACAUAACCAAGAAAAGAAUUUUUGCAGGCUUUGCAGCUACCCCACAUCCCUUAUAAAGAUUCAAUCUUUUUUUUUUUCCUGCCAUUAAAGGAUAAGUAGGCAACCACUUCCAACUUUUUUUCACUCUCUACACUGUUCACAAGCUCCUCUCAACGGUUACUUUCCUCUUUAAAUGCUCCCCUAACGGCAGCCAACCCCUGUUCCCAACCCCCUAUUUGGAUAUUUUUCUCCAAAACCCCUUUUUUGAGUUUUUUCAGCUCCAAAUCUGUAAUAAACACAGUGUAUGCGUUAACAGAGUGAAAGAGGGCCAUGGAUUUCAGCUCGUUCUUGACGUCCCUAGGGACGUCGUUCGUGAUUUUCCUGGUUUUGAUGUUCGUUUUCACCUGGCUGUCGAGGCGACCCGGCAACCACGUCGUGUACUACCCGAACCGGAUCUUGAAAGGCAUGGAUCCGUACGAGGGCCUGCGCCUGAGCAGGAACCCGUUCGCUUGGAUCCGGGAAGCCGUCGUCUCCACCGAGGCUGACGUCAUCAGGAUGUCCGGCGUUGAUACCGCCGUCUACUUCGUUUUCCUCACCACCGUAUUGGGAAUACUGGUUUUGUCUGGCUUUGUCCUUUUGCCUGUUCUUCUGCCUGUGGCUGUUACUGCUAAAGGCCCGACAAAAACCAACGACACCACCAGCGAAAACUCGUUUGACGAGCUCGACAAGCUAUCCAUGGGGAACAUUGAGGAAAGAAGUCCUCGAUUAUGGGCGUUUGUGAUAGCCACUUAUUGGGUUAGUUUCGUCACUUAUUGCCUCUUGUGGAAAGCUUAUAAGCAUGUGGCCGAGCUCAGAAGUUCAGCUCUUAUGUCGCCUGAAGUGAAGAGCGAGCAAUUUGCUGUUCUCGUUCGGGACAUUCCGCCUGUUCCUGCAGGCCAGACUAGAAAAGAUCAAGUUGACUCGUAUUUUAGAGCCAUCUAUCCAGAUACGUUUUACAGGUCAUUAGUGGUCACAGACAAUAAGAAGUGUCUUGUUAUGGCUAGCAGCAUUGUUGUUCUGAUGGCCCCCAAAAAGUUCACUAUUUGCAUGAAAAUUCGUAAUUCGAAAGCUCUACCUCGAUUUUACUCAGUCAACAAAAUUUACGAGAAGCUCGAAGGAUAUCGAAAAAAGCUCGCUCGAGCAGAAGCCAUAUACGCCGAAUCCAAAACAACAUCCAACCCUGAGGGAACAAAACCGACAACAAAAACGGGCUUCUUGGGCCUCGUCGGCCCAAAAGUCGACGCCAUAGAAUAUUACGACGAGCAAAUAAAGGACCUAAUCACCAAGCUAGAAGCCGAGCAGAAAAUCGCUCUAAAGGACAAGCAGCAAUGCUCGGCUAUCAUAUUCUUCAACAACCGAGUCACGGCCUCAGCCGCCUCACAGAGCCUACACGACAUGAUAGUCGACAAAUGGACAGUCUUGGAUGCUCCCGAGCCCCGCCAGCUCAUAUGGACAAAUCUCCCGAAAAAAUUCUACGAGAGGCAGUUUAGGCAGUACUUGAUCUACUUCAUCGUGUUCUUGACCAUUUUCUUUUACUUGAUACCUAUUGGGUUCAUCUCUGCACUAACCACAUUGGAUAACCUGAAAAAGCUGCUGCCUUUUUUGAAGCCGAUUGUUGAUCAGCCCGCGAUUAGAACCGUGCUCCAAGCAUACUUGCCCCAGCUGGCGCUUAUCGUGUUCUUGGCACUUUUGCCGAAGUUUUUGCUGUUUUUGUCUAAGGCAGAGGGGAUUCCAUCGGAGAGCCAUGCGCAGAGGGCCGCGUCUGGGAAGUAUUUUUAUUUCUCGGUUUUGAAUGUGUUUAUUGGGGUGACGGUGGGGUCCACGCUCUUCACGACUUUGAAGAAGAUCGAGAAGAAUCCGAACUCGGCAGUAACGCUGUUGGCCGAGAGUCUUCCCGGGAGCGCGACAUUCUUCUUGACUUUUGUCGCUUUGAAGUUCUUCGUGGGGUAUGGGCUCGAGCUAUCAAGAAUUGUACCCUUGAUAAUAUAUCACCUGAAAAAGAAGUAUCUUUGCAAGACUGAGGCCGAGCGAAAAGAGGCUUGGGCUCCUGGUGAUCUCGGCUACGCGACUCGAAUUCCGAACGACUUAUUGAUAGUCACAAUCGUCCUCUGCUAUUCUGUCAUUGCACCUCUCAUUAUCCCGUUUGGCGUGUUGUACUUUGGGCUUGGAUGGCUUGUUCUAAGGAAUCAGGCCCUAAAAGUGUACGUCCCUUCAUACGAGAGCUACGGGAAGAUGUGGCCCCACAUUUUCAUCCGAAUAAUUGCAUCAUUGAUUCUCUUCCAGCUGACAAUGUUCGGUUACUUCCUGGCCAAGAUAUUCUUCUACGCCCCACUCGUGAUCCCGCUUAUUGUGUUGUCCUUCAUAUUUUGCUACGUUUGCCAAAAGAAAUUUUAUCGGUUUUUCCAGUCUACUGCACUCGAGGUUUCUGCGCAUCAACUCAAAGAGACUCCAAACAUGGAAGUUAUUUUCAGGUCAUUUGUGCCCCCGAGCUUGAGUUCCGAUAAAGGAGACGAGGAUCAGUUUGAAGAUGCUCUGUCUCAAAUGUCGAGAGCUGGUUCAAUUGUUUGAUAUGUAAUGUGUGAAUUGUCUAUAUUACCCUUCUUUUGUUAAUUAGCCUGCAAUGUGUGUUGUGUUUUAGCUUUAGGGAAUUUUAGGGAUUUGUCUUUGUUUCUCCUUCAGAAUGUGUGUUGUGUGAGGAGGAAUUUGUAAGGUAAAAGUUUGUUUGUUUGAUUUGCUAGGUUUUGGUGUGUGAGAUUUGUGAUUUUGUUUGUGGUUGUUAGAAUUUACAGAACUCAGACACUGUUUUUGUCUGAAUUAUUAUUAGAAUCUGAGUCUUGAGAAUGUACUUUUGGUUACUGUUUGACUCACAUGUGUUGUUGACUUAGUUUUGUUUGUUUGUUUUCACUGUGUAUUGUGAAGAGAUGCUUGGAGAAUAUCAGAUGAUUUGCGGCUUUAGGGGAAAUUCUAUCCUGCCUCGUGGAUGAUGUUUUAGCCGUCGGAUUAAGAUAUGUGAGUGAGUGAGUGUGUGUGAUCUGAUGGCUAAAAUCUUAAAGGUUUCAUGUAGGAUCAAAUUUACCCGGCUU